UAAAAGGUAGUUAGCUCUAACAGCAACCCGGAUCCGGAUAGUUCCAGUAAAUAUCGGCGAGAAGACUGAGAACUCGAUUCAUCGCGCGUUAAUCUGCUGAAGAAUCGGCUUCUAUUUCUAUAUCUGGUUCCCAUUUAAUCUCUCUUCUCGUGUCUUUUUCAUUCGAUUCUUCCUGUGGUAAGAAUCCAAUUUUCUCUCUCCUUCGUGAAAUUUCUCUGUUUUUUUCCUGGUAAAAUCGUGCAUCUUUCAUAGCUGUAACCUGUUUUUGCUUCUUCGUCCGAAACAAAUCCUGUUUCUUUGUUUUUCGGCUUCUUUUUCUUUUAGGUUUUAGGAUUACCAGAAGUCGUUGCAGUAAGGCCAGUUGGGGAACAAUGCCUAAUUUAUCUUGACGUUUUGGGGUUUGUGGUGUUGAUAUCUCUGAAUUGAGGUCCUUGAUUUCUAGGGCAAGUCCUUCAAAUUUUAGGGCUCAGGGCCUUAAAAUUUUUAGGGCAUGGUCCUUGGUUUUGAGGGUGGCGAUUAUUUGAAUCUGAUAUUGAGGUUUGGUGUUUUGGUCUUCUGAAUCGUGGUCGAGUUUCCAUGAUUUUGGGUCACUGAGAUUGAGAUUUUUAGGGCACAGGUCCUGGAAUUUUAGGGCCUUUUGUUCUUGAGAUUUAGGGCAGCAUUAGCCAUUUGGUCAUGCAUUCUUGAGUUUUAGGUUUAGGGUUUGUAAUCUGUAGGGGCGUUCUAUUUGAUGGGUUUGAAGGUUUAGGCCUUCUUCUUUCACAAGAAUCUUCAUCAUAUAGGGACGAUUAGUUCCUAAGAAUUUAGGGCAAGGCCCUCAAAAAAUUUAGAGAGCAUCGAGUCCUCAGAAUCUGCAAUGGAUCUCAGGGUAUAAGCAUUUGUUUGCAGGUCAGUUCCUAAGUUCUUAGGCAUAGGUGUCUGUGUGCUAAUUUUUUAGAAAAUGGGUUUUCUUUCUCAGGCCUUUCUUUAACUGUACAUAACCAGAAUUUCCUUGAGUUUUUAGCGUAGUUCCCUGUUAAAAUUUAUCUUUUGAGUUCUUGGAUUUCUUCCAAAAAUGUCCACAUCUGGAGUGGUUCUAAGCCCCGUUCGUGAAGACCCAGUUUUCUUUGGUUCUUAUUUCCAUGGAAGGCCAAUAUCUUGCUCCAAUGAAUCGAUCCUUAUAUACCUCACUGUAUCUGGUUCCGUUAUUCCUAUGAGGGUUUUGGAGUCUGAUUCCAUAGCUUCAGUGAAAUUAAGAAUCCAGACCUGUAAAGGUUUUGUUGUCAAUAAGCAAAAAUUAGUUUUUGGGGGGCGAGAAUUAGCUCGAAAUGAUUGUUUGGUUAAGGACUAUGGAGUAACAGAUGGUAAGAUCCUUCAUUUAGUCCUGAGACUAUCGGAUCUUCAACUUAUAACAGUGCAAACAGCCUGUGGAAAAGAGUUUGAAUUUCAGGUUGAAAAAAGUAGAAAUGUGGGCUAUCUAAAGCAACAAAUUGCCCGAAAGGAGAAGGGUUUUGUUGAUCUUUCAGAGCAAGAACUGGUUUGUAAUGGCGAGAAGCUCGAUGACCAAAGAUUGGUUGAUGAUAUAUGCAAAGAUCGUGAAGCUGUUAUCCAUUUGCUGGUUAGGAAAUCUGCGAAGGUUAGGGCGAAACCAGUUGAGAAGGACUUUGAGAUUUCGAUCGUGGCUUUGGAUUUAGAGAGAGAACAAAAGGAAGAUUUGAAUUUCACACGACGAAAGGAGUCAGAGAUCCAGCCAAUCGUUAGAAAGCCGCCUGAUCCUAAGAUCUCAUUAGAACCUCUCACUGUAAAUCCUAACAUAAAACUAUCCCAUUUGCUCAAGGAUUUGGUUGAAUCAACAAUUGCGGGCCUAGAUAGAGGAAACAAGCCAAUUCCAUCAUCUGAGGGAUCGGGAGGUGCUUAUUUCAUGAGGGAUAUUUCCGGGGAAAACUAUGCAUCAGUUUUUAAGCCAAUCGAUGAGGAACCCAUGGCUGUAAAUAACCCAAGAGGUCUCCCUGUCUCUUUGGAUGGAGAGGGAUUGAAGAGAGGGACAAGAGUGGGAGAGGGGGCAUUAAGGGAAGUUGCAGCUUACAUUUUGGACCAUUCAAGGGGCAAGGGCCGGAAAAUUUGUGGGGAAGUAUUGGGUUUUUCUGGGGUACCCCCCACGGUUAUGGUGAGAUGCUUGCAUGAAGGGUUCAACCACCCUGAGGGGUAUGAUGGUAAUUUGAUGAGGAAUAUGAAGAUUGGGUCCUUGCAGAGGUUUAUGAAGAACUUUGGGAGCUGUGAGGAUAUGGGUCCGGGUGCUUUCCCUGUGGAAGAUGUUCAUAGGAUCUCGGUUUUGGAUAUUAGGUUGGCGAAUGCAGAUCGCCAUGCUGGGAAUAUAUUGGUAUGCAAGGAAGGAGGUCAGGUCGCACUUGUCCCAAUUGAUCAUGGGUAUUGCCUGCCUGAAAACUUUGAGGACUGCACUUUCGACUGGCUCUACUGGCCACAAGCUCAUCAGCCCUUCAGCCCAGAAACCCUUGAAUACAUAUCAUCUCUUGAUGCGGAGCAUGAUAUCGAGCUGCUUAGAAGUUACGGGUGGGAGCUACCUCCCCAAUGUGCUCGUGUGCUCCACAUCUCCACCAUGCUCCUAAAGAAGGGAGCCCAAAGGGGCCUUUCCCCUUUUGCUAUAGGGAGCAUCAUGUGUAGAGAGACCCUUAACAAAGAGUCGGUAAUUGAAAGCAUAGUUCAAGAGGCCCAAGAGGCUUUGCUUCCAUGUACGAGUGAGUCCACCUUCCUUGAAACCAUUUCGAAUGUCAUGGAUCGUUACCUUGACGAGCUUAACAAGUGAAAGAUUACCCCCUCUCUCUGUCUCUCCACCUUCCUUCUGGUGAAAAAGCCAGUAUUACGUAUAUAAUAUGCAUAUGGGUAUAUAUACCUAUGUAUCUGUGUAUGAAUUAAUGUAUGUAUGUAUUUGAUGGCUGCUUGAACUGGCCCCCCCUCUAUAUGUGUUCAUAGUUCAUCAUUUCGUGUUAAAAGUCCAAAUGAGGUGAGAGGUUCUUGGACUACAGACUGCAGCAUUGCUUUCUAUUUGUUUCAUUCCAUUUUAUUUUUUAUAUUUUAUCUGCAAUGUAUCUUAAGACGUUCAGCAGCCACAGAGUUUCUAUAAGUAUCCCAUUUAUUUGAUGGGAUUCAAGACAUAAUAUCUGGAAUAACUAUGUUCUAUUUUAUUA